AUGGCCAAAUCCGCAGACUCGGAGGACAACAGUCGGGACGUACCCCUGCACAGCGGCGUGUCUGACACGCACGACCUCCAUCACGACCGGCACGACCCUGACCAUGCGUUGAAAACCAUCCGCACGGCGGGUAGCGUUUCAACCAGCGCCGAGCUGUUUGAGAAGAUGUACUUGACGCCCAAAAACCGCGUGUUAAACAACAUCCGCUCGACGUUUGGGAAUCCCACACCUCUCUGCCUUGUCGGCUUCUUGUUGUGCAUCACCGCCUUGUCCAACGUGCUGAUGGGGUGGAGGGGCGCAGGAGGAUUGGGCGCUGCUGAAGUAGGAGCAUACUACUUCUUCGGAGGCCUCCUUAUGAUCAUCGGCUGUGUCUUCGAGCUGAUCCUAGGCAAUACUUUCGCUUGCGUCGUCUUCGCCUCGUUUGGCGCCUUCUGGCUCACAUUCGCCGCGACCUUGACGCCUUUCUACAACGCUUCGAUCGCCUAUCAACCCGAUGACCCGGCCACCGCGGCGUCGAACCCUGUGUUCACGGCUACGCGUUCCCAUGACAGAUACUUCCCGCCAUUUGACGCGGCGCUACUAGACAUUGAGCUGGUCCAACAGCACGAAUACAAGACGGGUCGACAGCGUCAGCCUCCUCGAUGGGUGGAAAAGAGCCACGAGGCCGAAUUGAUGGCCAACAACACCCCGACAUCCGUGGGCCUGACUGAGGAGAGGGAUCCUGUGCAGCCCUCGACGACCAGAGACAAAGGGUGCAGCAGCAACGUUGGCCACCAAUCUGCCAGUCCUCGACCGUCUUUGACGGAGCGUGCCAUGUCCAAAAUCAUGAUCGUACCCAAAUCCGUCGAGGUAUUGGGCACGCCGUUUCCGGCCGACUCAGCCACCGGACUUGAAGAUGUGGCGACCAAUUCGAGCAGCGCAAGCAGCGACUGCUCCAACCCGCAGGCUGGCUUCACAGAGCAAGCCAACCCAUUCGUCCAUGGCAACUUAGAUCUGGACACCAUCCAUCCACCUUUGGCGCCUGAGGUAUCUCGACUAUCAACUGUUGAGGACAAGACUCUAGAGGCCUGGAGCCGAUAUAGCCUCGUCCGGCAACGUUGGCUCCGCGCACAAGAAGCCGUCACGCUUGUCGAUCUAUUCUUCAAGUACCUCUCUCCAAUGAGCCCGGUGCUCAUGUCGGAGUUUCAAAACCACUCGACCUAUCAAAGACUGAUCACGGAAGAUCAUGAUCUCGUCACGCUUCUUUGUCUUGCCCGAAGUUUCCUUGAGCAGGUCGUUCUCGGACGCGGAACCCACUCGGCCAAAAGAAUGUCAGUCCUCAGCAUCAUCGACAGCUGUCUUUUGAUUACCGACUGGCAUCCUCGAUACGCCGAUUUUCCUGCCGAAGACGAGAUCAGUGGCGAUCUGUGUCCAAGCCAUCAACCCAACCAGCCCUACGACACCUCGCGUUCGGACUCCCAUCUGAUCCGUUAG